ACCCCGCGUUCAGCUUCGAGGAGGGCACAGCACACUGCAGUUGUCAGAUAGCACGUGCGCGGCAGCUUUCCCUGUCGGCCCUCCUGCUUACGCUGCUUGCUUAGCGAGAACCGUAUUCCUGUAAGAAGCUAGCGGGGGGGAGGAGUGCGAGAUGAAAGGGAUACAGGAGGAGAGAUGCGAGCGUGUCAAAUGGAGAGAGAGAGGUUGAUGCACAUGCGGAGGGGUGGAGCUUAGCAUCAGGCAGUUCCCUCAGUCUUCCUUUCUCCCAUUUUUUUCCCCCUCCGUUACUCCAUCUGCGGUGCUUUUCAGCUCUUCCCACAGUUUUUUGCCUCACCGGCUCCAUCGGACUGCGGCUCCUCGUUGUACCUUUCAUGGACUAUCCUCUUUUUCUCAGCCGUGCAACAGGGACUGUCUUCAGACGCCGGCACGCUCCCUCUCCCCUCUCUGGAGUGGUGGGGGGAGAGGACUGGGGUUUGGGGAUCCUAAAUGACACCAGCUUGUCAUCCUCCAGCACAUCUUGAGUAGAGAGAAACCCGCUAAAGGUGGCUGGGGGUACACGAGUUCGAGGGGGGCCGGGGCGGCUAGGAGAAGGAUGGUCACGCCGGCUCCUAGUGCUGCAGUCGCGCUGCUCGUCUUUCAGGCACAGUCUUGCUUUUCCUCGACAUGAGCCUCGCAGCAAGGGUGUCCUGCUCCAUGCUCAACUGCUUUGGUGAAGAGGGGCCUCCCAGUCUGGAGUACAUCAAGGCCAAGGACUUGUUCCCCCAGAAGGACCUGGUGAAGGAGGAUGAAAGCCUUCAGGUCCCAUUCCCAGUUCUUCAGGGGGAAGGAGUGGAAUAUCUCGGCCGUGCCGACGAAGCCAUCAUCGCCAUUUCCAACUACAGACUCCACAUCAAGUUCAAAGACUCUGUCAUCAACACCUACCCUGCUGUGGACAAUGAGAUCUCUGUGCCGCUCAGGCUGGUAGAAAGUGUGGAAAGCAGAGAUAUGUUCCAGCUGCACAUCAUCUGCAAAGACUCCAAAGUUGUCAGAUGCCACUUUGCGACAUUCAAGCAGUGCCAGGAGUGGGCGAAGCGCCUGAACCGGGUCAUAGCCCACCCGUCCCGCCUGGAGGACCUGUUCGCCCUGGCCUAUCACGCCUGGUGCCUCGGGGCCAGCGCAGACGACGAAGACCAGCACGUUCACCUCUGCCGCCCAGGGGACCAUGUGCGUCACAGGAUGGAAAUGGAGGUCAGGCGGAUGGGCUUUGACACGCAGAACGUCUGGAGAGUUUCUGACAUCAACUGCAACUACAAGUUGUGCUCCAGCUACCCGCAGAAGCUCCUGGUUCCCAUUUGGAUCACCGACAAAGAGCUGGAGAGCGUGGCUUCCUUCAGGUCCUGGAAGAGGAUCCCCGUGGUGGUCUACAGGCACCAGAAGAACGGGGCGGUGAUUGCUCGCUGCAGCCAGCCUGAGAUCAGCUGGUGGGGCUGGAGGAACACGGACGAUGAGUACCUGGUGACGUCCAUCGCUAAGGCCUGUCACAUGGAUACGGGAGCCAAGGGGACGGCAACGGUCCGGCAGAGAGGGGAGGCUCCCGACUCAUGUGACAGUGAUUUUGACUCGUCGCUGACGGGCGGCUCUGGCUGCGAUGACAACACGGUUCCCCAGAAGCUGCUGAUUCUGGACGCCCGCUCCUACACCGCCGCUGUGGCCAACCGAGCCAAAGGUGGCGGCUGCGAAUGCGAAGAGUACUACCCCAACUGUGAAGUAAUGUUUAUGGGAAUGGCCAACAUCCAUGCCAUCCGCAACAGCUUCCAGGCUCUGCGGGCUGUCUGCAGUCAGAUCCCAGAUCCGGGAAACUGGCUGUCGGCUCUUGAAAGCACCCGAUGGCUGCAGCACCUGUCGGUCAUGCUGAAGGCCGCCACUCUGGUGUGUGGCGCGGUGGAACGGGAAGGCCGGCCCGUCCUGGUACACUGCUCAGACGGGUGGGACCGAACGCCCCAGAUAGUAGCCCUGGCCAAAGUUCUUCUAGACCCCUACUACAGGACGUUAGAAGGUUUUCAGGUGCUUGUGGAGACGGACUGGCUGGACUACGGUCAUAAAUUCGGGGACCGGUGCGGCCACCAGGAGAACGCGGACGAUGUGAGCGAGCAGUGUCCCGUCUUCCUGCAGUGGCUGGACUGCGUUCACCAGCUGCUCAAACAGUUCCCCUGCCUGUUCGAGUUCAACGAGGCCUUCCUGGUCAAGUUGGUGCAGCACACCUACUCUUGUCUUUACGGCACAUUUCUGUGCAACAACGCUCGAGAGCGAGAAGCAAAGAACGUCUACAAGCGCACCUGCUCUGUGUGGUCGCUGCUCCGCGCGGGAAACAAGAACUUCCAGAAUUUCCUCUACGUUCCCGGUCACGAUGUGGUGCUGCAGCCAGUCUGCCACACGCGGGCCUUACAGCUGUGGACAGCUGUUUACCUGCCCACUUCGUCCCCCUGCACAGCUGUGGACGAGUCUGUGGAGCUCUACCUCCCCCCAUGUGCCACUGGAGAUGAGCUCACCUCCCGCUCACUGGACAGACUUCCCAAGACUCGCUCCAUGGACAACCUGCUGUCCGCUCUGGAGAACGGUCUUCCUCUGACCCGGACAUCCAGUGACCCGAACCUGAACAAGCACUGCCAGGAGGGCCGCCCGGCCCCGGAGCCCUCAGCUGCGGCGGACGACUCGUCCACAGGCCCCUCUGAGGACGACCCGACUGACGGGGCGGAGGAGGCGCCGCCGGCAACCAGUCCGAGUCUGGACCAGAACUACAAGAGCGGACUGGGGGCAGAGGAAGAGCCCUGUCUGACCACACAGCCCUUGCCGUCUCCACCCCUCCCCCCCGUCUGCGACUCCCCAACCCGCUCACAGACUGCCUUCGUCACUCCGGUCCUCCACCAGGCGUUGUCUCAGGCCCCCAGCCCGCCGCUGCCGUCUCCUCCGCUGGAGGCGGAGAGUCCGGGUGGGACUCCAGAACCCGCCUCCCCGUCCCACAAACCAGAGCCCUGCUUACCUCUGCCCUGCAAAAACACCCAGCCUGCGGCCAACGCCUCCACCUUACUAACCAACGGACAUGGCGACGGCGAGGCUGACGGGCUGCCGCCGCCCGGUGCCCUGCUGGCGGUGAGGCAGCAGACGGCCAGCAUGGACGACUCCACGGAGACGCUCACAGACGAGGGCGAGCUGCCGCCAGCCUCGUUCCCUCUGCUCCAUCAGAGCCGCUCCAGUGACGACGAGUCGCCGCAGAAAGACCAGGACAGCUCAAGGACGGAACCAGCGAAGGGAAGAGGGAGGACACUGACUGAUUCAGCUGCCCACACCGAUUCCGUCCUCCGACCUCUGACCUCUCAGCUGUCCGACCUGCCUCUGCUGGCCUCCCCGUGGGACAGCGUCCCCAUCCUUGGUCUGGGCCAGUCUAACUACAGGCACCCUGGCGGCUACCAGAGCCGCCGGCUGCUGGGUAAGCUCCUGCGCUCGCAGGGCUUCGCCGCCGCCAGCGGCUCGCAGUGCUGCCGCAGGGAGGCGCUCUGCUGCUCCAGCGGCGCCCGCAACCUCAGCUACUCCCUGGCAGGCCACCAGCUGCUGCCGGCAUCGUACUCCUCCCCGUCGGCCUCCAGCUCGCCGCCUCCGCCCCACGCCCCGGCGUACCUGGACGACGACGGGCUGCCGGUUCCUCUGGAUGCCGUGCAGCAGCGGCUGCGGCAGAUCGAGGCCGGAUACAAGCAGGAGGUGGAGGUGCUGCGGCAGCAGGUGAGGCAGCUGCAGAUGAGGCUGGAGAGCAAACAGUUCAGCACCCCGCCCUCCGAGCCGGACGUCGACUACGAGGACGACAUCACGUGUCUGCGGGAGUCAGACAACAGCAACGAGGAGGACUCUCUGUCCACCCACAGCGAGGACCGUCUGUCUGAGGGCAGCUGGGAUCGAGUCGAACCCAAGGACACAGAGGUGACGAGGUGGGUCCCCGACCACAUGGCCUCUCACUGCUUCAACUGUGACUGUGAGUUCUGGAUCGCCAAGAGGCGUCACCACUGCAGGAACUGCGGUAACGUGUUCUGCAAAGACUGCUGCCACCUGAAGCUUCCCAUCCCGGACCAGCAGCUGUACGACCCGGUGCUGGUGUGCAACACCUGCCACGACCACCUGCUGGAGUCUCGCACUCGCGAGAUCCGCAGCCAGCAGCUCAAGAAGGCCAUCGCCACGGCGUCCAGCUGAGAGGACGCACAGCGACGCGCGGCACCACCUCUGCUCCGCCCUGCUCGCUUUGGAGCGGAGCGACACCCCGUUGGCGACCUCGACGCGCCGUCGUCGUGGCUACGGAGGGGCUACGAGGAAGAGAAGUUUGUCUUGAAACGCAGACGCGCCCAAGACUAGAAGGUAUGACGCAGGUUAGCAGGAAGCGGAGGUGACGAUGAUGCUGUUGGGACAUUUUUUCAGCCCGGAGCGCUGCAGCGUCCUGCUGCCCCCUCCCCCCUCUCUUCACCCCGACACAGCGUCCCGUCUCUGUCCACCACCUUUGUCCACCAUUCUGGCUGGACUCCGUCUCGCUCUCCAGAGGACAAUCGCUCAACCUUCGCGUGUCGGGGACUCCGACGGCUUCCACCUGUACCACUGGAGGCGAUUUUAAAAGAGGAAAGAAAAAAAAUGCUGCUACAGUAUUUAAAAGUCUAAUUUUGUAUUUUUAUUUUGUGCACUACUAGCUGUUGUGUAUUUGAGGGAGACCAAACUUGAGCAAAAAGGGAGAAAUCUGCUGUUUACUUUGCUAACGCAUCUUAUUCCUUAGAGCCGGAAUGUAACGCGUGCUGGGGAAGACUGGAUCCGUUUCCGUUCUCGCUGGAGUCCUUUAAGUGUUUGUCUCUGCCGCGUGUUCUCAGACCUUCUGUGUGUGCACGGUCAACGUGGUUCUGUGUUUGUCGCUGCUUCGCUCCGCUGCGGCCGUGUCGCGGCGUCGGACGUCCCGAACGGCGCCGCUUGUUUUCGGAGACGACGGCUGGGAGGCAGGAGGAAGACGGGAGUCGGGAUGUGAGAUUUUAAAGGUGCUGGCGGCUUUUCCGUGAUGAGUUUAUGCCGAAACUCUCAUCUGAACAUCUCAAGCUUGUGAACUGGAUACAGAAUACCCAGAUUUCUUUUUUCUUUUUUCUCCCGUCUCUUUCCUCCCACUAAAAAAUGUUUUUGUGUCUACUGGUUGUUUCUUGAAUCAAUAGUGCCAUAUUUGGUUUUUGUCUACGUUUAAAAGCCUUUUUUUGUUUUAACUUCUUCUGGACAGCAGCAGGUUUCUAAUUGGCCACGUCUGUGUAUGAUUUAUUGGUGCAAAUAUUUAGCUGCUUAAUAACACUGACUUAAAUUAAGAUUAACAAAUUGUUGAGUUUAGAUAAAGACAAUUAUGGGAUAUAACUGAAUUAGCAAGCCGUUCCAGGUUAACCAUUGUGUAAUGUUUGCGAUGUUAUUUUUGCACGAUAUCGAAGUCGAAAUUUUCAAGGCGAGAUCAAAAAUGUAACAAGAAGUUUUCUGAUCAGUAGUGAUGGCUAAAACUCGUUACCUAAUAAUUGUUGUAAAGAAAAUGCACUGUAAAACUGAAAUCCCAAGAGUUAAAAAUAAACCAUCAUAUCAACUCGA